GUUGUUAUUCUCAGUUUGUCACAAUAUGGCGAAAGAUAAAAAUGAGAUGUCGAGUAACUCUACAACAAACGUAGAAACACUAGAUACACAUACAAAAGAAGCCUUGGAACUGCUUUUCGUAAAAGAACAAGAAACAUACGAUGAAUUUCUUGCUGGAUUUUCGCAUUUAAAUAGAGAGCCAAUUUCUUCAUCUAUCCAGCAUCUAAUUAAUGGACAUGCAAAUGAUGCAGUUAAUAGUGACAGCAGUGAUGUGACAGAAUAUGAUGUUGAUUUACCACAUGAGUUGUUAGAUGCUAGUGAUUAUAUGGAAUCCAAUAUUCAAAGACCUUAUCGGUCAAAUUUAAUGAUGGAUAAUUUUGUUGAAGAUGAACAGUUUUUGCUAGGAUUUGGUGAUGACACUGUUUACAAACCUUCAAUUCUCGAGCAAUCAUUUCAGCAAAUAGAGUAUGAAAAGUCUCAAUCAUCUACAUGUGAAAUGGUUACAAAUAUGAAUGUCAUAGAUGAAAUAGAUGUAAGUUUGAAAGAAAGAAUUACUCUUCCUGGAGAAACUGAAAUAUAUGACUCAAAAAAUGCUGAGACAAAAUUACGAUAUCUGGAUAUUUCUACUAAGCGUGAUAUAAAAAAUGAGAAUUUAAGUAAAGAUGUGUUACAAGAAUAUCCCAAAGAUGGACAAGUUAUGUCAAAUGGACGUUGUGAGGUUGUUCCUUUCUCAAUGGAUGAUAACUUUGACUAUGAUAACAUAAUAUUGCGAACGAAAUUUGAUGUAGAAAAGUAAUUUAUAUAUUCGUAUACGUGUAAUUGAACACUUGAACACAUGCAUGCAUAUUUAUAAUAUGGUUAUAUUUCAUAUAUUCGGGAUAAAAGAUGAGAAUUUGCUAAAUCUACGUGAAAUAUAAUGCUUAUAUGCAGAAUCUAAUUGUAGUAUAAUAGUUUGUAAUUGUAAAAGUCAUGUGAAACGUUAGAGGAGUUUUACAGAUUUAACCAACGAGAAAGAUAAACGGAGAACAACAUCAGAAUUUUGAGGAUGGACUAUAGGGAAAAUCGCAAGACAGAUUGUACGCGAACAUUGGUUAAAAUCACAAUCGAAAAAUUAAUACAUUCGCAUGCUUAUACUAAAAAACAGUCUACAAUCUAUAUAGACAAAAGUAUAAUUAUUCUCUGCUCUUUAAGGCAUAUUUUGGUUGUUCAACAACGUAUUGCCCCGAUAUCCUUUUUCUAUAUAAACAUAUAUGUUUUGCAUAGAAUAAAUAAACGCAAUGUAAAUUUUUAGUCCCGCAUAAAAAGCCAAGUUCCUAAUACCAAUUUUGAUAAUACCAAUUUAGACGUAAUUUGAUAUAAUGCAUGUUAGCUAUAGACCUGGGGCCGGUUCUAUCAAGCCUGUUUAGCUUAAACGGUGGAUAAGUCAAAAUUAAAUAACACUUUUACAUCUCUCUUGAA